AUGCUUUCAAGAGUCUUCAAGCAACCAGUAUCUUUCAUUGCUGGAAGGACUGGAUCUCGUUCCUUCUCAUCUAAUGGAAGUGGUGGUUCCGGCAUGGCAAUGCCGGCCAGUCUACUUGCUUUGGCAGGCGCUUCAUACUGCUACUAUGACUCUUCCCGACAAAACGAAGCUCUCACAUCUCAGGUCAACGACCUCCAGGUGGAGCUUUCUGGAAAAACAAACUCGGCCUUUGUUUUCAUCAAGCCUCAUGCGUGCAAGGGAAAACCGGGUGUCGUAGAGAAAGUUGUUGAAGAUAAAUUCAAGAGUGUUGGAAUCCGUGUAACAGGAAGUGGAGAGAUCCUUGCCGAGGAAAUUGACAAAAAAUUGCUCAUCGAUAAUCACUAUGGGGCUAUCGCAAAGAAGGCUAUGGAAUUGACUCCAUCACAGCUCAAUGUCCCAGACAAAGGCAAGGCAGCGUUUGAAAAGAUGUUCGGAGAGUCCUGGGACACUGCUAUCUCUGCCAACAAAGUCUACAACGCUAAGGAUGCUGCUGAGAAACUCGGUCUUGACGUGGAUGGAAUCAACGAUAAAUGGAGUCAGCUCAAACGGGGAGAAAACCUUAUCAAGUUUGGCGGUGGCUUCUAUUGUGGAAAGAUUGGUGAUAUCUACGUGAUGAAUGGUUUUUAUAUGUCCAUGCGCGCUGCUUAUUGCAAUAAGGGUGAGAAGAUCAAAUGGUACACCGUCUCAUGGCCCACAGACAGCUUGGCCUGGGAAUCGUUCCGCGGUGAUGUUCUUGGAUCUACUGACCCAUCGACGGCACCAAAAGGUUCCAUUCGCCGCACAAUUCUCGAUGAUUACAGAAAACUUGGGCUAAAUAGCAAGCCCAAUACAGGCGACAAUGGUGUCCACGCUUCGGCCAGUCCUUUUGAAGCCCUUGCGGAAAGAUGCAACUGGUUGGAUGCAUCCGUUGAGGGCGAUCAGUUUGGCAAAGGACUUUUGUCUGCUGGAGUAUCAAAAGAAACUAUCAAGCAGUGGUCAGGAGAUUGUCAAGUAACCGUGGACGGAGAGACCACAGAGGGUAAGACGAUGAGUGUAUUUGAUAGUCUCGAAGAUCUUGAUGCCGAUACUUCUUUGGCGAAGGUAGCAAAGAUUUCAAAGUAA